CAACUUGGUGUGUUAUCCUAGAGGUUGAUGAACCUCGUAUAAUUGCUUCCAUUUUCCUUCAAUUACAUGCAAAUUUCAUUUUAGAAAUAAUAUUUGACAAGGAACUAAAAGCCAAUUUAUAUGAUUCCAGGAAUAUAUGCUUACCCAGUGGAAUCAUAUUAAAGGGGGUGAUACUGUUCAUUACUAAGACUAUAUGAUGGUGAUACUGUUCAUUACUAAGACUAUAUAUGCUUACAUUAGCCAAUGAAUGUGGUGGCACAACCACCCCUCAUACAGCAUACACUUUUUUCUAUUAGAAUUUAGAGCUCUCUGCCACCCCAUUUGAUCAAUCAUACACAUAAAUUGAUCCCAAUGCAUUUAACUCACAAAGUUAUUGUACAUUAAGUACUAGUGACCAGAGUUCACCCAAACACUUCAAACAACUAUGUACUGAAAAAAUAAAAAUAAACUUUUCAGUAUGAGAGAACAAAGGGUCCUUCAUAUUGGUGAUACUAGUCAAAUAGAAAGUUCCAAGUGGGUUUUGGAUUCUCCUAACCCACCACCAUUAUGGAAGAAGCUGUUGAGUUCAGUGAAAGAAACCAUUUUGCCUGAUGGGAACAAGUUCUGUUUUUUCUUAUCCAAGAAAAAAACUUUACAUGAGCAUGCUUUCUCAUUCUUGCAGAGUUUGUUCCCAAUCCUUGUUUGGUUAAAAGAUUACACAGCCUCCAAAUUUAAAGAUGACCUUUUAGCCGGUUUAACUCUUGCAAGCUUGUGCAUACCUCAGAGCGUAGGAUAUGCAAGUUUGGCAAAAGUUGAUCCACAAUAUGGCCUGUAUACCAGUAUUGUUCCUCCUCUUAUUUAUGCUGUGAUGGGGAGCUCAAGAGAUAUUGCAAUUGGACCUGUAGCUGUAGUGUCUAUGCUGUUAUCUUCCUUGGUCACCAAAGUCAUAGAUCCUGUUGCUAAUCCCCAUGCCUAUAGAGAUUUUGUCUUUACUGUGACCUUCUUUACCGGAAUUUUUCAGGCCGGAUUCGGUAUUUUCAGGUUGGGGUUUCUUGUUGAUUUUCUUUCACAUGCUGCAUUAGUUGGAUUCAUGGCAGGCGCAGCUGUCAUUAUCAGUCUUCAGCAACUCAAGGGGCUACUAGGGAUUACUCACUUCACCACUAAAACAGAUGCAGUUUCAGUAUUGGUGUCUGUUUUUAAGUCAUUACAUCAGCAAAUUACUUCCGAAGAAAAAUGGAGCCCUCUGAAUUUUAUCCUGGGGUGUUCUUUCUUGAUUUUCCUUCUAGUUACCCGAUUUAUAGGAAAAAGAAACAAAAAACUUUUCUGGUUGCCUGCUAUAGCCCCUCUUCUGUCGGUUAUACUGUCAACUUUAAUUGUGUAUUUGUCAAAAGCUGAUAAACAAGGGGUUAAUGUAAUAAAGCACGUCAAAGGAGGGCUGAAUCAGAGUUCAGUUCACCAGUUACAAUUCCACGGUCAACAUGUUGGGCAAGCGGUGAAAAUCGGAUUAGUUUGUGCGGUUAUCGCCUUAACUGAAGCAAUGGCUGUCGGUCGAUCUUUCGCAUCCAUUAAGGGAUAUCAUCUUGAUGGGAACAGAGAAAUGUUGUCAAUGGGAAUCAUGAACAUUGCUGGAUCCUUAACUUCAUGCUACGUGGCAACUGGUUCUUUUUCAAGGACAGCAGUUAAUUAUAGUGCAGGAUGUCAAACAGCAGUCUCAAAUAUUGUGAUGGCCAUUACUGUGAUUUUGUUCUUGCAAUUAUUUGCAAGGCUCUUGUACUACACCCCUAUGGCUAUCCUUGCUGCUAUCAUCCUCUCUGCACUUCCUGGAUUAAUCGAUGUAAAUGAGGCUCGCUAUAUUUGGAAGGUUGACAAAUUAGACUUUCUUGCAUGUAUUGGAGCUUUCGUUGGCGUCUUGUUUGCAUCUGUAGAGAUUGGUCUCCUUGUAGCUGUGACAAUCUCAUUUGCAAAGAUACUAAUACAAUCAAUUCGACCUGGAGUAGAAAUUCUAGGUAGAGUUCCAAGAACAGAAGUCUUCUGUGAUGUAACUCAAUAUCCCAUGGCUGUAAGCACGCCAGGCAUCCUAGUGAUUCGCAUAAGUUCCGGCUCACUCUGCUUUGCAAAUGCCAAUUUUGUCAAAGAAAGAAUACUGAAGUGGGUCGUGGAAGAAGACGACAUUCAAGAAACUUCCAAGGGAAAUGUCCGAGCCAUAAUCAUGGACAUGACAAACUUGAUGAAUGUUGAUACUUCCGGAAUUCUAGCACUUGAGGAAUUGCAUAAGAGGCUGCUUUCACGUGGCGUAGAAUUAGCUAUGGUCAACCCAAGGUGGCAAGUAAUUCACAAGCUCAAGCUUGCACACUUUGUGGACAAAAUUGGGAAACAAUGGGUUUUUCUGACCGUUGGAGAGGCCGUAGAUGCAUGUCUCUCUUCUAAAAUCGCUACAGCUUGAUGUCGUGCGUCUCUGUACUUCCAAUGGUUUUAAUGCAUAAUUACAUAUCUAAGCACAUAAACUGAUCAGCUGUACUAAAUAUGUUGUUCUAUGCUGCACUAAAGGGAUUUUACUGACUAUACCUUAAUGUAAUAUCUCGGUUUUGGUAGGCAGUGAUGUUUAUAUUUCAACUUUUAGUUUUCAUAUAUUUUAACAAAAUGGAUAAUGAUCCAUACAACAAUUUCAACUUUUAGUUUUCAUA